CAUCCACAGCUCCUUGUGUACUUCACAUUUCCUGAUUCCCAUUUACUACAUCAAUCCCUUUUUUCCCCCUGGUAUGAGCACCGUGCGGACCGACGGAAGAGGCAGACUCAGCGAUUCAGGGAUGCUGGAUAUCUGCGCCCUCCCCGACGACUGCAUCGCCGCCAUCAUCUCCCUUACCACUCCUACCGAUGCCUGCAGAUUAUCUUUAGUUUCCACUGUCUUCAAAACCGUCGCCGACUCUGACAUCGUUUGGGUUAAGUUCCUCCCUUCCGAUUGCCAGAAUCUGAUUUCCGAAUAUCCCGCUGUUUCGUCCAGGAAGGACCUUUAUUUCAGGCUCUGCGACAAUCCUGUCCUCAUCGAAGACGGCAGAAAGAGUUUUUCACUGGACAAAAGAAGUGGGAAGAAAUGUUACAUGUUAGCUGCCAGGGACCUCACAAUUAUAUGGGGUGAUACUCCUUCAUAUUGGAAGUGGACAACCUUACCUGAUUCCAGGUUCUCUGAGGUCGCGGAGCUUCUUAGUGUUUGUUGGUUUGAAGUUCGUGGAAGGAUUAAUACUCACAUGCUUUCUCCAAUGACACACUAUAAGGCUUACCUAGUGUUCAAGGCGACAAUGGCUACUUUUGGAUUUCAAUACCAGCCCGUAGAGGUAAGUGUUGGACUUGCCGGAACUGAAGGUCGUAAACAAACAGUGUAUGUGGAUAUAGAGAGAGAGCGGGGACAGAGGCUCUGGAUCCCAACUAGGCGUGGUGGUACUAGAUUUCGAAACCUCAUGGUGAGGCAGCCAGCAUCUAGACCUCCUAGAGAAAGUAAUGGCCAGUACCCAAAAGACAGGAAAGAUGGGUGGUCAGAGGUAGAGUUGGGUGAAUUCUUCAAUGAAGGGUUGGGAGAUGGUGAAUUGGAAGUUAGUAUUUUGCAAUUGGCUGGUCACUGGAAGGGUGGUCUCGUUAUACAAGGCAUCGACAUCAGGCCAGUUAGUAGUAUAUAAGAAGAUUUUUCUUUCAGUCCUGUUAUUUUAUGUUACUGUGUGGGAGAAAAAUUGCUCACCUCAUGUUAAACUGUGUUAGCCAUGUUCUCUUUCCUGCUGGUGUUUUGUUUCUGAAUCUUUGCAGAACAAUGUAUGUCUAGUUUGUUGAGUUAAAUUAAUUACUUCUAAUUUCAACGUGAUUUAGAGUGUUUAUUUUUAUAGUAAGGGGGAAGUUGUUCGGAUUUUGGGUUGAGUCUGCAGGUUGUAAGCUUAUGCUUUAUAUGGUUUCCAAUUACUUUAUAUAUGGAAACAACUAAACAUAAUAUGUAUGGGAGGCUAUAAGUAUCUUUUGUACUUUAUUAAUAAAAAUUUAUAGUUAAA